ACAUCAAUUUAACCAUUUUCACAAUUUUUCACUCCCUCCCUCUCUCUCUCUCCUUCGUAUAAUACUAUAUUAGUACCAUUACCCAUCUCUCUUUCACCACCAAACCUCUGCAAAUCCUCUCUACUCUCUCCAUCUCUCUCUCACUCCAAGAAAACCAAAAAAAAAUGUCAGUCAACUAUUACUCAAGAGACAUCAUCCACCACAACACUCUCUCGUUGCACCACCACCAAAACGACGCCGUCGCACAAAGAGAGUCUUUAUUCGAGAAAUCACUCACACCAAGCGACGUCGGGAAGCUAAACCGCUUAGUCAUACCAAAACAACACGCCGAGAAGUACUUUCCUCUCAACAAUGGCGGCGGCGGAGAUGAUGUGGCAGCGGAGACGACGGAGAAAGGGAUGCUUCUUAGCUUCGAGGACGAGUCAGGCAAGUGUUGGAAAUUCAGAUACUCUUAUUGGAACAGUAGUCAAAGCUACGUGUUGACCAAAGGAUGGAGCAGGUAUGUUAAAGACAAGCACCUCGACGCAGGCGACGUCGUUUUCUUUCAACGGCACCGUUUUGAUCUCCAUAGGCUCUUCAUCGGAUGGCGUAGACGCGGUGAGGCUUCUUCCUCCUCCGCCGUCUCCGCCGUGUCUCAAGAGGCUCGAGUUAAUACGACGGCGUAUUGGAGCGGCUUGACCACACCUUAUCAUCAAGUACACGCGUCAACUACUUACCCUAACAUUCACCAUGAGUAUUCGCACUAUGGCGCCGUCGCUGAGUCACCAACGGUAGUUGCAGGGAGCUCAAGGACGGUGAGGCUAUUCGGCGUUAACCUCGAAUGUCACGGUGAUGUCGUCGAGCCACCACCGUGUCCCGAUGGCUAUAACGGCCAACACAUUUACUAUUACUCAACUCCUAAUCCCAUGAGCAUCUCAUUUGCUGGGGAAGCAAUGGAGCAAGUAGGAGAUGGACGAGGUUGAUGAUAUUAAAAAGAAGUGACAGCUUUUUAGAUUUUGACUUUAGAUUAUGAGCCCAUACUUGGCUCAAUUGUCAUAGAGAAAUUACCCCAAAAAUGAUUAAUAUCAGUAUAACUUCAUUAUGUAUUUACUAUAUUUAACUAAUUUCAAAAAGAAAUAAGAGGAGAGUUUUU